CAGCGCGGCCGCGGCGCGGCGCGGGGCUGCUCCCUUCCUCCCUCCCCCUGCUCCCUCCUCCUCCCCCUCCUCUCCUCCCGCCCCCCCGCAGGGCAGAAGCCGGCGGAGGCGGCGGGCGCGGAGCAGCGAUCGCGGCGCGGGGCAGCGCGGAGGUUUAUGGUGCCGGUUUUGGAAACUGUCUCUGGGAAGAUGAAGCUUCCAUCAGCAGCGGUUUGGUUUGGAACGCGCCUGUUUUAAGAACACCUGGGAAUCCCUACCCAUAUUUGCCUAUUCCAGUGUAAAUCAGAGGACAAUGAGUUAUUUUUGUCUUUUGCAUAUUUUCACGCUAUGUAACAAUUUUUCUUCCUUCCCAUUUUGUUCAAUGGGAAAAACUUGAGCCAUCUGUGUAGCUGACUCUUUCUUCACCACAUUCCUCUCACUGAGCCAAACUCUCGAAACCACGUCCACAGCACAUCUAUUUUUGUGUGUUGGUUGGUGGUGUUUUGUUGGUUGUUUUUUUUUUUUUGCUUUUAUAUGAUAUGUGUCACUUUUUGAGUGCUGAUAACUCUUCUGAUUGGAACCUGUCCUUUUGAGUUGCUGAGUAGAUCCACUCAAGGAAUUAAAUGAUUUCAGCCUUCCAGAAGAUGACUCACUUGCUUCAGCAACGUUUUUAUGGCUGUGAUUGGCUCAUUAAUACAGGAGUUCAACAGUAGUAAUAUGAGGUAUUGCAUUAAUUGUUGCAUACAUUUGUUACCAAAUGACUUGCACAGACGUUGUUUCAGAUGCCGUGGACCUAAUCACAAUAACCAGAAGUGUCCUGUUUGCAGUGGAAAAAGUAAGAUCCCUUUGUACACCGACAGCAAGCAGAUGAAGCUGCUUGCAGUUCUGGAAGUGAGGACUGAUCACAGUGAAAGCUGGAAUGGGUUUUUCUGCUUGAGGAAGGGGAAGCUAUGCAGCUUAAUAUUUGGGUUGAUUAUAAUGACUCUAGUGAUGGCUUCCUAUGUACUGACGGGAGCCAAGCGUGGUCUGUUGUUAAUACCAUCUCCCUUCCAUUACGGAGCUUUUACUAGCAAUUCAAACUUAAUGGACAAUGAAAGCCUUAGUGACAUGAAAGACCAUUACCAGCCUUCUAAAAUGAAUAUUUCAUACGUAAAGGAUUAUCCAAGCAUUAAAUUAAUUAUUGACACUAUUACUUCGAAGAUAGAGUUUAUAACGAGGCAGCACCCUGAUUUAGAAGAGCUGAGGAAACAAGAGCCACAUAUGUUUUCAGUAAUUCCUAAUAAAUUCCUUCCAAAUAGUAAGAAUCCUUGUUGGUAUGAAGAGUACAGAGGAAACACAACCACGGAUCCUUAUGCAACAAACUCCUAUGCACUGUAUUCAAAGCGCUUUCGAACCAUAUUUGAUUACCUCAGGAAGGUAUUUUGGAACCACUUGUACCACUAUAAGGACAAACACUACCGCUUGCGCUGUCUCCCGCAUUUCUACAUCAUUGGCCAACCCAAGUGCGGGACGACAGACCUGUACGACCGGCUCAGGCUACACCCCGACGUUCGGUUCUCAGCGAUCAAAGAACCACACUGGUGGACAAGGAAACGUUUUGGAAUCAUUCGUCUGAGAGAUGGAUUUCACGAUCGCUACCCAGUGGAAGAUUACCUUGACCUGUUCGACUUAGCAGCCCAUCAGAUUCAGGGUGUGCUGCAGAGCGAAGCGAUGAAAGAGCGUGGCAAGAUGAACAACAUCAUAAUUGGGGAGGCCAGUGCCUCGACGAUGUGGGACAACAAUGCUUGGAUUUUCUUCUAUGACAACAGUACUGAAGGAGAACCUCCCUUCUUAAUCCAGGACUUUAUCCAUGCCUUCCAACCGAACGCCAAACUUAUCAUCAUGCUGAGAGACCCUGUUGAAAGAUUAUACUCUGAUUAUCUAUACUUCGCAAGUGCUAAUAAAUCCGUGGAAGAUUUCCAUGAAAAAGUGGCUGAGUCGCUGCAGCUGUUUGAGAAUUGCAUGCUGGAUUACUCCCUGCGAGCCUGCGUCUACAACAACACCCUCAACAAUGCCAUGCCCGUGAGGUUACAGGUCGGGCUCUAUGUUGUGUAUCUUUUGGACUGGCUGACAGUGUUUAACAAAGAUCAGAUACUCGUUCUUCGCUUGGAGGAUCACGCAUCCAAUGUGAAAUACACCAUGCACAUGGUGUUCCAGUUUCUGGGUCUGGGACCUCUAAGUGAGAAACAAGAAGCUCUCAUUACAAAGAGCCCUGCAUCGAACACUAGACGGCCUGAGGACAGAAGUCUGGGACCUAUGCUACCAACAACAAAGGCAAUUUUGAGAGAUUUCUAUAGGCCUUUUAAUACAAAACUGGCACAAGUUCUUUUUGAUGAUGCUUUUUUAUGGAAGAGGACAUAAUAUGUAAAUUUAGUGCCAUAAAUACAGUGCUUAAAGGAGUUUUUAUUUUUUUAAAUUCUAUUUUUGUGUGUGGAUAUUUACAUUUUUCCCAUUCCAAAGAGAAGCCGAUUGAUGGGCUGAGACUCUCACCUUCAGUCAGCACUUCACGACAGUUAUACUACGUUUUCCUUGUGAGAAUGUAAAGCAUCUUGCUGAUCAGUUUAUUGCAACUUCUUUUACCGCAGCAAAGGAGUAGAGUGGAAAAGCACUAGUACAAACAUGAUCUUACACUCUCCAUGGGGAUGCUGAAGUUCAGCCUUCUCUAAGAUGCUGCAACACAGAAUUAGCAUCAGUUUCCUACAAUUAUACUUAUAAUCUCAUUUUCAAUAUAUAUUAUUCAUUCAUUUUUUCAAACUAUCAAUGUCAUUUAGUCAUUAAAAUUUUUAAUUGAAUUCAACCGAAAAUUUUGUUUCUUUUUGUCAACAUGUCCACAAAUGGUCUUCACUCCCACUGAGGUUUUAAUGUUUCCUUAAUUCUGAAGCACAGAUAAAGAAUAAUUGCAUUUACAUAAAUUUCCAAGUCUAAUUUAUAUCUUCAAGAUGAAUGGACUUUCCUAGCCACGGUUACUGUUAAAAGAACGUUACAUUCCAGGUAAGAAAGGAUGACUGAAAUCUAAACAAGAGGCUACAUUCAGUGUUCAGCAUAACAAAUCCAUUGUCUUCCAUAUUUUGUUCAUGUAAAUACAAAUAUGUAUCAUCUAUUUAUAUCACUCGCAUGUUUUCCCAGGAAACCACUAGUGGGCUUGAUGAAAAGUCUGUUGUUGGCGAUGAAGAGUUUUUAUGGGGUUUUCUGUACACAACUACUUUUCCCCAUUGCAAAGAAAUACGCAUUCUGAAAUCAUUAUGAAAUCUUGUUAUGUUACGAAAUGCAUAAAUUGACAAGAUGCACACUAUUUUGCAUCCCCAUUAAAAGGAUGUGUUAAUUAAUGUCAGCUGUAUAUUAUGGACUUCCCUCUUCAGGACAGAUGUCUACAUCUAAUUAAAAAAGUUGGGAUAUGCAGACUUGAGGAAAAAAAAGCAUUUUGAGAGUUAUGGAGAAGCUUUGCACUCUUAAAGCUUUCCUUGACUGAUAUGGCCAGAUUUUUAUGUAAGUAUGCAACAAUUUGAUAUUUGAUUUCAAACACAUCCGGUUAAGGUGACUGUCAGCUGCAGUAUUCCUGCAGCAUAGUCUACCUUAGUGGGGGAUGAAUUAAUGAGACAAAUGGAAUUGCUUCCUGGUGAUCGUUUCCUUUCAAGGGCUAAACUGUUCAUUUCUUUCCUGGAAGCAUAUCGAGUGAGUCAAGUGAGGCUGGUAUCUAGGCAGCAGGUAUCAAAAGCUCAAAAAGCUCUCUGCUUGGCUUGAUGUGCCCUUUUGACCUCUACAUUGGACCCCACAAUACUGACUGAUUCACAAAUACAUUUUUAAGCACUAAAGGUAGCUACUCCCCAUCUUCCUCCAUGGGGACACAUUAUUCACCUCCUGUUUCUAAAUAAGGAAUUAAUGCUGAAAACUUCCUGAGUCCCGAAUGUUUCACAUGUGUUAGUGUGAUUGAUGGCAUAAGAUUUUUGAAACAGAAGUCCAUUUCUAGGUCCUUUGAUAGCUGGUAAUGCACUGUUUAAAAAGGAUUCAGUAUGGUGUUUGGAAAGCCUAAACUAUGUAAUUUUGGGAAGCAGUUCUAGACAGGCAGAACAAAUUAGUUCUUGUUCAGAAAUGCUUGCAGACCAAAAAUGGUUGGAGAACUGAGAAUGGACUGUUUCACCAGUACAAAAGCAGUAUCAUGGCAGCAAGAAUUAGAGAAUCAGCAUGAAUUCACCGUUGUUUGCAAAUGUAAAGUUUUCAGUCAAUGGUUUAUUUACACUGAAGAUUUGUGCCAGACGUGCUCUGACUUAGAGUCAGCACUCUUUGGUCAGGAUAACUCUGUACAGAAUGUUUGCUGACCUGAUCUGCCACGAUCAGGUAUUUCCAUUUAGUUGUCAGCUACAGCCAUCAUCUAAUAAUAUUACCUUACCAACCCUAAAAGCUGAUGAAUGUAUCUGUGUCACUGUUGUUUAGCAUGAGCAUUAACUUAAUGAACAAAUCAUGUGCACUGGGUUGUGCCACACUGGUGCACGGUGCUGAGCUCUAGUUUCUGCAGCAGACCCAUGCAGCCCACCAGUGGUCAGGGAGGGCCCCUCUGCCCUUUGCCUGUGCGUAUAAUCUAAACCAAAACAUGCUUCAUGGUCAAAAUUUCUUCUUGAGGCAUGUUGCUGGGUCGAGGUCUUGCCUAGUUCUGACUGAGAAGAAGGAGGAAGGUUGAAGGUUCCCUGCAGGAAGGUGGACGAUGGUGAGCGAGUGCCCAAGUGUGGGUAAAAUCAACAGAGGACAGGUGGGCAAUGAGUGUCACAGUGUUGUGCAUAGCACAGUAACACAUGGGGAAGAGGCUGUGUCUAUAGAUGAUCUGUUAGGGGGGUCCUUUUGACAGUGAAGUCUCCGGUGAGGAUGCUUUUAUGUCUUCAUCUCUCUCAUGAGCUCCGAAAUACGAUCUGAUGCUUUAGUGCAUCGCACCCUUACAAUGUUGGGUUGUGGCAUGACUAAAUAUCAAAAAGUAGCAAAUUAAUCAUCAAGAGUAAAUUGGAUAUAAGGCUCUCUAGUCCAGACUGUAGAAAUAGGUCAAACUGGUGACUCAAAAAGAAAUAAAAUAACAUUUCAUUUUCUUGAGUGCUGUGGCGGUGCUGGGUGUCAGACCCCUUUUCCUGAGCCACAGAGAAGACAGUGUGCCACUGUCUUCAGUGGCUUCACGCCCACCUCACUGCAAAUCUCUUCAUAGGAUAAGGCUGAUUCCAAGUUCUUCCCGUUCCUUUUGCCUUUCUGCUGAAAAUCUGAGCUGUGAAAGAAUUCAGCGUUGUGUUAUUCAGUAGUACUGAGCUGACCCAGAGCAGUCAUUUGCUAAGAAAUUGGACUCACUAUCAAGACAAUGGAUUUUUGUGUUUGCCAAAGCAUAGCAGUGGCUCUUUCCAAAGAGCUCAGAGAAAGUGUCUCUCGCACUGUGUUUCUUAUCUCUGAUGAACAAAGGUAAUCAGGCAAAGGCGCAGCUUCCUGGAGUGCAAAGGCACUGAGGAAAGGGUCCCUUCCAAAUGUUUUCACUGCUACUGCAGAAGAAUGUGAAAUGUGGUUUUUGCUAGACCUUGUGUGUCCGGGCCAAGCGCGUUUGCUGGCUGGAAGAAAAACAGUAAAACCAAAUGAUCUUCUGCUAAGAGCAACAGGCACCGGUUUAUCUGAGAAAGGAUGUGUCGUUAUCUGUUGAGUCCAGCACAGAAGAGAAACGGUGGAGUUGUCACAGUUCUGAGUAUAUCUUUCUGACAAGAAAUUAAUCCAUCUUCCAAAUAAUCCGAAUGCUCUGUUAUUAAAGACAAGGCACAGCAGAGGCGCAGAAAGUUACUCUGUGAGAUGACCUGAUACAGGCAUGUGAAACCAUGAGCGGUUGUAGUCUAACCCAGAGGCUGGUGUUGCAGUACCAUCUUGUGUGCAGCACAGGCAACUCUCUGUGCAUGUGCCUUUUUCCUAUAUUGAAAAAAAAAACCCCAAGUCAAUUCCUUUCAGAUGCUCACAGGAAUAGCAUUUGCAGUGUGUCCCAGGAGCUGGGGACCCUGCAGAGAAGCGCCGGCUCUGCCCAGCUCCAAAAUCGCAGAAUCAUUUGAGUCAGAAAAGACCUUUAAAGAUCAUCAGUCCAACCAUAAACCUCACACUGAAGGUUCACCACUAAACCAACAUCCCUGAGCACCACAGCCACACUGCUUUUAAACCCCUCCACAGGUGGGGACUCCACCACUGCCCUAGGCAGCCUCUGCCAGGGCUUGACAACCCUUUAUGUGAAGAAAUUUUUCUUAAUAUCCAAUCUAACCUAUCCUGGCACAACUUGAGGCCAUUUCCUCUUGUCCUGGGAAAAGAGACUGGCACCCACCUCGCUACAACCUCAUCCUUGCAGUUCCUCCUGGAGAGAUGUGCAGCACACACCUCUGCACAGAGGGACUUUCUUGGGCUGUGUUACUGUGGUUAACUUGUAGUUAAGUGUACGGAGUCAGCUCAGAGCAGCUGCCAAACUGCUGUCACGUGGUGGCCUGGGUAUUCCAGUUUGCAGAGAUGCUGCUAAGGGCUUUGAACCACACUUAUCUCUGAACCAUCCCUCUGCCCGCAUCAAGAGAAAGGUGUUAUCAAUGACUGUGGCUGGAGAGGUGCUCACCUCUGCUUCCAGCGGUGUCCUGCUCGGGAGCCCUUCUUCAAAGCCGCAGCUCCGGUGAAAACUCUGCUGGCUCUUUGCACUGCUUCAGCCAUAGAAAGGCCUUUAAAAUGAUUGUCAGCGUGGCAGGAGCUUAAUGGACUUCCAGGCUGAAAUCUGUCGGAAAUUAGAGGCCUGCUGUGUAUGCAUUAAGGCACAAUUAGCAGCAAAUAAGAUUUGGAAGAGACAGAAAUAGUAAUUAACGUAUCACAUUUCAGAGGAAGGACAUGCUUUCCAUCCGUUACCCUUGUCAUUUCUGAGUGUCCAUUUGCUGGGUGAAGAAGCUGCCCCUUCCAGCCGGUGUUGGUGUCUCCGUGGCUGGGCUGGCAGGGGCUGCGUGCACCCCUGGGCUGUGUCGGGGCACUGGGUACGUUGGGUUCCCCGCUUGUCCAUCUGCUUUCUGUUAUCACCCACCAAAUACAUUUUCCCCCAAUGAUGUCUAAGGCUGCAGGAAGAGGGGGGAGAUUUGUGUGCUCAUCUGCAUCGCUCUGGCUGUGUUUUGAAGACUGGUGCUUGCAGGAGUGAGAAGUCCACAGCCCGUGACAUGACCUAUUCGUCACCUCUGGUCACUUGGCUCCCUGCCUCCAGAGCAGUUUGAAUCCCCACCCCAGCAGCAGAGUCCUGCAAUGCUCCCCACCCACUCGCUUCCCUAUUGGCUGUGGGUCACAGAUGUGAUGAGCUAGAGGAAAAAUGCUGAAAAUAGAACUCUGAGAGCUUUAAAUUGCUGUUUAGUUCUGAAGUAGCAGUUGCUGCAGUGACAACUCCCUGCGUAGCAGCGGUGGCACUGUAAGGCUGCUGCACAGGACAUCUUUCCACAGCAGAGGAUGGGCAAGCACUGACAGGUGCUAUCAAAGAGGGGGUAGGCUAACUUACAGCUGUUUCCUUGGUCUGGACACAUCUCACACCCUUACAAAAUGAUCUCUUCCUCUAGUAAUGAGUGGGAAAGGGAGGAUCAUGCUGGUACUUGGAGCACUGAACAAACCCAGCUUUGCAGCAGCUGCCAAAGCUUUAUUUGUCUUAGGCUUCAGAGCUCUAAGCCCCAGGUGACUCACAAAUGACAUGAGGUUUGGCUGUUGAUGAAGAUAAAGUUCUGAUAGAAGUGCAUUCUGAUUAUGGAACACCUUGGGUUUCCCAAAGACCAAGGAUUUGGAGCUGUCUGUGCUACACAUAGCAAGCUGCCGUUCAGCAGUGCCUUCUCCCAGUUCAGGCAGACAAAC